AUGGCUACCAACACCGCUAUCAUCUGGUCUCCCGAAGCAUCUCAAGAACAAUUCAUCGUUUACAUUGACGACGCUGCCGAAUACGAACAAUGGAAACAACAACCCGAAGGCGGUAAGGAUAUCGCUCUUUCUCGAUUUGUCGGUACCUUUUCAGUUUUCAAGACCGCUACCGGAGUAGGUCACACCGGUACACUUGGAGAAGUAUCUAAACAAGAACUGCAAAACACUUUGUUCGGUGGUGACAAAAACAAGCACGUCGAAGACGCUAUCGUUCUCAUCUUGACCGAAGGUAAACCCCAUAAAGGUGAUCUUUCCCAUUCAUUCAAACUCACCAAGAACCCCGGACGAGGUGCAGGUGAAGUAAAAGGUAUCGGUGCUCAACAAGGUCCUCACCGAUAA